AUGAGCGGCCACCAAACGACCGCGUUUUCACACAACAACAAAAACGCCAACUUAGCGGCACGAAUCAAACGCAUGAUGCAAAAAGACGAAGAGGUUGGGAAAAUCGUCAAAACGACGCCGUUGGUGAUGGCGAAAGCUUUGGAACUGUUUUUAACGAAACUGUUUAAAGCGACCGCGGAUACGGCGUUAGCGCACGGCGCGAGGAUAAUCAACCCGGUGCACUUGAAAGGAGCGAUCAGUGACAACGAUGAGUUUGAUUUCUUGGAAGACGUGGUGAAAGGCGUGCCGGAUUUACCACCGCCGCCGGAUCCUGCGGAACUCGCGGCGAAACUGUUGGAACGAGUCGACGAGGACGGGAACCCGAAGAAGAAAGAGAAGAAGAAGAAAGAGAAAAAGAGCAGCGCGACAAAUCCUAAAGGAAAAGGAAAAGGAGGAAAUGGAGGAAAGAAGAGAAAGAACAACGACGAGGAAGACGACGACUCCGAGGACGACGACGAAGAGUUUGACGAAGACGAGGAAGAUACCGACGAGGAAGAAGACGAAUACGAAAGCGACGACGACUCCGAGGAAGAAGAAGAGAAGCCGGUGGUAACAACGACGAGCAGGAGCGGAAGAAAGAUCUCUGGGCCCAAGAGUUACGCGGAAGACGACGACGCGAAAAAGAAGAAGAAGAAAUCGCCGGUGACAAAAAAAGCGAAGAAAAGUAAAGCGCCCGCUCCGCGGAAAGAAGAAGAAGAAGAAGAAGAAGAAGAAGCGGAUGCGGCCGCUGGUAAUUUAGGAUCGUUUGACGACGAUGAUUUAGUCGGCGUAGCAAUACCUGCACAGGAGGACGAUUACGACGAGUGA